AUGUUCGACCGGACCACGAGCAGGCCCGACCGAACCACGAGGGACCUGGAGAGCACCAGCGCAUCGAGCAAGAGUCUCGCGCUCCCGAAGGAGCAACGGUUCUGGACGGGCGAUCUGCGAUUUGCUGAGGUGGCACUCCGCGACCAGCUCAGCAAGCGCGGGCCGCCCUCAAGUCGGCCUGCGAUCGCGGCGGCGGCGGCGACGCGGCGAUUGGCGAGCGCCUCCGGGAGCCUGCGCGAGCCGCCGAGAGCCACCGAGAGCCACGAACAAGCCGAGGCCGUGGCAGGGGCGUCCGCGGGGGACCCGCGCAGCGGCCCGGGCGAGGCGGAGAGGCCGCAGCUGCUGCCUGGCACGUCGAGGGACACGAAGGAUUUCCGUUACAACCCGCAGUGGAAGUCCUGGCGCCACAUCAGCAAGGGGCACAAGCGGUGCUUCCCGCCGAAGCUCUGGGUGCUUCUGCUGCUGUUCUUCGUUGUCCUCAUGUCCCUGCUAACCUCCCUGACCGUGAUGUGGUACGUCCAGAACGCAGGUGCAGUGUCAUCGAUGGGCUCGCUGGCGGCCGAGCAGGUCGAGGAGCUCGACAACGAGUUCGAUAACCAGACGAAUCAGCUCAUCGAGAAGCUGCACUGGCAGUCGGGGCUCAUCGAGGAGUUCAUAGUCAAGCAGAUCUUGUGCCAGCCCCCCAGUGUAGUCAGUUUGAACCGGAACCUGCUCAUGGCCGCCUCCGACACGACGGCGAACCCGCUGAACUUGGAUUUGUUACUCCGAUGGAUGUGGUUGGAGCUCAGUGAGCAGUUCAUGUACGUCGAGGGCGUUGCACUAACCUUCCCAUCGGGCCUCUACGUCGAGUUCGAGCGCGACUCCCAGAGGGCCGGCCUUGUCGACAAGGCGCACGAGACGUACACGAUGGAGUUCACGCCGCCGGCCGCUUGGAACGCGUCCGGCUGCCCGACUUUCUGUCCCGGAGCGGAGGGCCUCGAGCACGGCCAGACGUACCAGUUCUCCCUGGACCCCGCCACCGGGGGCAUCCUGAGCCUGCGCGAGAACUACAGCUUCGACCCCCUGGUCAGAGGGUGGUACAGCAACACGGUUGCGGCCAAUGGGAGUUUGGUGUGGUUCGGGCCGUACAUGACCAUGAGCUCGCCUGAUGGUGCGGCACCGCACCCAAGCAUUGCGCUCAGAGCGGGAAGGGCUCACAUGGUCGAUGGAGAGGUGGCGGCUGUCUUGAGCUCUGACAUCACGCUGGACUAUUUAUCCUGGAGAUUGGGGAACUUCAGCCAGACCGUCCACGGGACGGAAGGCGUAAUUUUCAUCAUGGAUUUCGACGGCAGAAUGGUUUCCCACUCGCACGGUAUGGACUUUGUCGUCAAAUUCAACAGCAGUGAUGAGGAGAAUUGGCAGUGGUUGGCGAUGGAGAUCCCCUGCACGCUCACCCGGGCCGUCGCGGCUCGCAUUCUGAGGGGCCACGAGCGUCCCAAUGAGAGCGUCGGAGAGGUCAUGUCUGCGGACGGGGACACGCUCAUCUACACCGACAAGAUUAUCGAGGCUGGAGAUCCCGACUUGGGCGGAAUCCAGUGGAUCGUGGUCGACGUGCAGCGCACGGCGACCUACAAGAGGGAGACGAGAGACAGUAUCUCCGAGGUCGAGGCCGAGCUCGCCGACCGCAGGCAGAUGCUGGAAGUCAGCCUGGAGCGCCAGGUGCUCGGGUACACCAUUGGCACGUGGGCCGUUUCGGUCAUCCUGGGGGCCGCCACCUUGUCGUGCAUCACGCGGAAGAUCACCAGUCCCCUGCGGGAGAUCCACAAGAACAUGCGCGCCUUCGCGAAGUUCGACCCCGAGACCAUGGAGGACAUGGUCACCACGGCCUCUUCGGGCGCGAGGAGGCACCGCACCUUCGAGAUCCGGGAGAUCGCGGAGAUCUGCGACUCCUUCUCCUACAUGGCUGGCGGCCUGCAGUCCUUCGCCAGGUACAUGGACGCUCACUUGGUGCAGAUCCUGGUGCGCAGCAAGCGCCAGGCGCAGCUGGGCAUGGCCCCGGCCGACGUGACCAUCUUCUUCAGCGACCUCGUCGGCUUCACCACGAUGGCGGAGAGCAUGGACACGGCGCAGCUCAUGGAGCUGCUGGGGACCUACCUCGAGGAGAUGAGCAACAUAGUGAUGAGCUACGGCGGCGUCGUGGGCGAGUUCAUCGGCGACGCCAUCAUGGCCUGGUGGAACGCCCCGCCGCUGGAGUAUGGCGAGGGCCACAGCGAGGCGGCGGUGGCCGCGGCCCUGAGUCAGCAGCGGCGGCUGGCCAAUCUGAACGCUCAGUGGAGGGACCGCGGGCUGCCAGAGAUGAGGAUGCGCAUGGGCCUGGCGCGCGGCCGAGUGUUGUCUGGGAACCUGGGCAGCAGCAAGCGGAUGAAGUACGGCCUCGUGGGCGACAGCGUCAACCUCGCCUCCCGCCUGGAGGGCCUCUGCAGGCGCUACGGCGUGGGGUCGCUAGUGGAGGACGUCCGCAGACGACGCGUGUGCACCGUACCGCGUUGGCGUCUCCCGAGGCGUCGUCGAUUCUCGACCCAGGAAUGGUACAGUCGGGCCGCUGAAGAAGGAACGCUUUUCGUUGGGGAGGGGCUCAGUGUCCCUUAA